AUGCUCACCCACAUCCUCCUCCUAGCCGCAACCAGCCUGGCCGCUGUUGCCCGCGGCGCGGUCCUGCCCGGCACCACGACCGACGGCCCCGCGCCGGUGCUGCACGCUAUCCCAGAUGACGUGGCCAGCUUCAACGAAACCCAGGGCAUCUCGGCCCGAGCGGUUGACCCCGCUGUGCGCUUCACCGAGUACGAGGGCCGCGCGUGCGGCGGCUGGGAAGCGCCGUACAUGGCCCCCGACGGCGGCUGCUACCUGCUCCCGACCGGGGACGGGUUCAAGAUCCGCGAGAUCGCCAACACCUGCCGAGUGUUCAUCUACGCAUCCCAGUCUUGCGAUGGGGCCGAGUUCCAGGCCUACCACGGAAACUGCUACGACGUUCACGCGUUUUACAGCAUCAAGGCCUUCUGCGGUUAG